GCGGGAAACAUCUUUACCUUCUUCAUUGUAUUUAGUGCCCCAAAUCAAUACCAUACACAAGACUGAGAUUGAGAUUCAGAGAGAAAACUCAGCCAUGGUUGGACUACCCUACGAUUUCCUCGUUAAUCCUCUUGGCGCUGUCAGAUCAACCUUCGAGAAGGCCAUUUCAUCGGGUUCAAACCCUGCGUCUUUCGAUGGCAAAGACUGGGGCGCCCUCCAACCAUUUCAACACUUCCUUUUCGACCAAAAUGGUCUAUCUAAGGUUCCAAUUCUUAACGCUUCUAGCGUUAAAUGGCUUCAGCCGAACACUCUUGUUCGGUUCCGGGGAAUGAUUCAAGACAUGCUGGGAAAUGAGUUCUAUGUUGGCGCUUACAAGGAUGGCUCUACAUGGAAAACCACCAAGUUUAUGAACUCCUCUCAAUGUCCCACUGGAUUUUCACCAGAUAUGCGCAUUUGGGAACGCCGUGUGCUGUACUGUGUGCCUGUUCCAGGUCAAAAUUCUUGGACUGACUCCUCACGUUUAGGAGAGAUUAAUAAUAGUGCUGAGGGGACAUCUGAGAACAGACAAAAACGUUGCAGAAUGGAUGAAAAUGCUGUUGAUCAUAUGGAUAUUCUUGCUCCAAGUGAUGAGUUUCUAAAUUCUUCCAGCGGGAAAAAGCAGAAAGACGAGCAACUUUCUCCAUACUCUCAGAAUAUUUCAACAAUGGCUACUUCUAGUCCAAGCACUGCUUGUAAUACUGCAAGGGGUUUUCUUCCUUGUAUAGUUAAGAUUUAUGAUGCCGCGGAGUCUGAGUUAAAGUUGAAUGAUGUUUUUGAGUUUAUUGGUGUUAUUACCCUGGGCACAGAGCAGGAAGUUGACAAGGACGACUAUGAUGAGUUUUCGAAUGGUUUGAGUGAGGACUUAUCAGAUCAAUUUCCUCCCGACAUGGUACCGCGCCUCCAUUGUGUGAUUCACAGGAAACUUGGUGUUCAUGACUUUCUCCACACUUGCCAUGUGUUAGAGCCCAUACCCCAUCGAAUUAAAGAGAUACGCACAGCUCUACUAAAUCACCUGACCAUUGCUCUUGGCAAUGAUGGAGUUGCAGCCCAAUUUUUGUUGUUGCAUCUUCUGUCCAAGGUGCAUGCUAGGGUGGAUUCCAUGGCAGUGGGUAAACUUUCACUGAACCUUACAGGUUUUAACAGAGAAAGUUUGUCAAUUUUUGGCAAUCAGCUGAGGCUUACUGUCAAGAACCUUCUUCCAUUUACGGAAUAUAUACCUCUCACAGUGGAAUAUUUAAAUACUGCUUCACUGGCACCAAAGAAGGAUUAUGAGAUAAACAGACUGGUUCCUGGUGUCCUUCAGCUGGCAGAAGGGUCACAUUUGAUGAUCGAUGAAACUCAACUAGAAGUAGGAACACUAAGUUCGCUUGGGGUUGAAAAUGCAAGGUUGCUGAAAAAUCUAAUGGAGUUGCAGAAGGUCGAAUAUGAUUUCAAAUACUACAAAAUGGAUAUGACAACCGAUGUCCAAUUGCUAAUUUUGUCCGAGGGUAAAUCAAACAUUUUGCCAGCUGAUUUGGUUGUGCCUUUCCAACCUUCAGCCGUAGGUUCAACCGCAAUUACUGAUAUGGAUGCACUAGAAGCGUGGAGGUGGUACUUAUCUAAUGUUAGGUUAUUGCCACAUUCCAUUGAGUCAGAAAUGCAGCAGGUUGUAGAAAAUGACUUGGUGGCAGCAAAGCAGGCCGAUAGGAACUUAGGCAGUCAGGACUUAAGCAGAUUGCUAACUAUAGGUCGCCUGAUAUGUGCGAGUUAUGGAGAAACCUCCCUGUCAUUGGAACAUUGGCAGAUGGUUAAGGAACUAGAAAGGCUGAGAAGGGAGAGGCUCAGAUGAGUAUUGCGUGUCUGUAAAUCCUAUGGUCAGGAAUGCACCAAACCAUACGAAACAAUUAGACAGCGUCUAAUGUUUUGUAAACAAGUGGACUUGAGCGGAGUCCCAACUUCCAAGCAGAAGAAAACCAAUUCCCACAUUAGUUCAAGAUUUAAACUUUUGUCACUAGUAUAUGUUUGAACUUACCCUACCAAAUUCAACAACAGAAAAGCCUGCCACUGCCAUACUUUAGCGGGUACUGCCCAAAAUGACUUGUAAUCGAUAAUUUUCCUUUUGGGAGUUUAAUUUAUAGAAAAUCGUGUUUAUAGAACAGUUGCCCUGGAUACUGAAAGAACCAUUAGAUUUUCUAUGGUGCUGAAGUAACUUCAAGACUUGAUCUGUAUAGUUUUGUGAUUGUACACAAGAAGUGUCCUAAAGUAUCUUGCAA